ACCUAGCUUGCAUCAAAACAGGAGUUUGAACUCUGAUUGAUAGUCAGUUCUUAGUUUUCAACUGCAAGAUCCCUAAGAUUACCGAAGACGAUAUGAAGAAGGUAUUCGCUGUGUUUCUCACAAUUUCUCUGGUUCUACAACAUGUAGUCAUGUUGUCCGCUCACGUGGAAGCUCACAAAGCAAAGUCCAAUAUUGACUUCCUGUCCAAAAAACUACACAGCAAUCUGUUGGACCUGGAAGACACGUACAAGAAAACAAAAGAGGAAAUCAGUAAGACUAUCGAAGAAGUUGUCAUUGUAAGGAAAAUACAGGUUCUUCUUGGACAACUCACGAAUGGCGAAGUUCCCGGAAUGCAAGAGUGUGAAUCUGGAUAUGUCCUUCUAGACUUCCUCUACAAACAAAACAUACUGAUAGAAACCAAGUCAGCACUACCUGCACACUACACAAUCACCGUUAAAGUCAACCAUAAAGCCUUGGUAGAUCAGAAGAAAGCUGCAAAGAACGGCGAGGAUCUUCGCGUGUUUUACCAUCCUGACAAAGGUUCCUUGCCUGUCGAGAUUAAUCGACUGUUCCACAAUUUGUACACUGAUGCAACCACCGUGACGUUCAGAAUCCAGAAGAUGAUUUCCGCCAAUACUGUUGAUCUCAAGUCGUACGCGCUUGUUUUUGGCGGGAAAUUCCAAGGAAAAGCCAAAGCCAAAGCCAAUCCGAGGAAAGUGUUUGCCUUUUAUGAGGAUUUUUCCCGUUCAUCACUGGAGGGAUGGAAUAGAGUGUGGGGGGAAUGGACUGUCAAGAACGAAAGCUUGUUUGGCAAAACUGGAAGUUCUCCUUAUGGCAAUGGUGAAGUAGGACUGUACUUGACUCAGGGAAAGGAAUGGAGCGACAUUGAAGUCGAACUUGAUCUCAUGGAAACCGGUUCCAAUGUUGUCUAUCCUGGUCCAUUCCUUCGAGUCCAAGAUCCCAGACUGCAACACACAACAGCUUGGUGGUUCGAGUAUUACACAGACAACAAAAACUGCACCAUAAGACCAUGUAAAAACAACGUCUAUGGUGGCGGGAUACAUACUUGCCAGCUUCCAGAAAAACUGGUCAAAAACAAGUGGUUUCACUUUAAGUAUCGCUUGCAGGGCGAAAAAAUAUCGCAAUGGGCUGACGGAAUACCAAUACAAGACGCUACUGUUGAACCCAAGUGGAUGAUCCCGAAGGGAACAAUCGGUCUAGGUUGCCAUUCAAUAUACAGUGGAAGUCCAACUGGAUGCAGGACUUACUAUGACAAUAUCAAAGUCAAGUUGCUUGUGUCUUCCAAUCCUAAAGUGUCCCCUGGUGACGUCUGCCACUUCGUACAUCGCAAAGUUUUUAAUCUCGGAAAGAAAGAACGACCAGGGAAUUCCUGCAAACACAUAUAUGACGCAAACCUCCAUGGAAAAAAGAAGUCAUCAUCGAAGAAUGGGGUGUACUGGAUCAAAACAGCACUCCAAGGACACAAUAGACAAACCUUUUGUGACAUGAAUAAAGGUGGAUGGACUCUGGUUGGAAAGAUCAGCGGUCGUGUGGGCAAUAUUUACAAUUCGUGGCUUGUACAAAAUGUCAACACAGAUCUCCUGAAAUCCCCCAGGAUGUCAUCAGGGAAAGUAGAAUAUGGCUGUCUGGACGCACGCCUUAUUGCUGUCAGACAUUCUACUGAAAUCAUGUUCUCCAGCGGGGAGAAUCCUUCUGGAGUAGGAAAGAAAUGGGUUCGAUGGCAGUUACCACAGGGUAGAGAAUAUAGUACCUGGUGGAAUCAUGGUGUUGGAUACAAAAGAGCAAAUGCUGCCGUAGAAAGCCCCGUAACUGUCCAAGCAUGGAACGGGGGCUCCAAGGUUUGCCAUCAAAACAAGUAUGGACUAAUGCCACAUCCGCUUGUGGGAGGCUCAUAUCCCUAUGCAUCGUACAACAAGCACGGAAACACCGAUACAAACGACUACUGUAUGGCUGUAGGAGUCAUGCUCAAAGGAUCGACUGCAAAUGGGUGGGGCCACAAUGGUAACGGGUAUGACUCUCCUCAGAGUGAUUCUGAUUGGCCAAACACGAUCUACAAUCAUCAGCAGCCAUACUUGCUUGUAUGGCUUAAGUGAAGAUGCGCAGUUAAACCACAUGUCAUUCAAACAGCAAUAUGAUAUAGAUGAUAGGGAUGAUUAGAAUAUGAUAAGCAAUACAGAUAAUGUAAAUUUAAGAUAAACAAAUCAAACAAAAAUUAAAUAAAUAACAUGAAUAAUGGUAAUCAGAAUGAUAAUAAUGAUAGCAAUAAAAGGUAAAACAAGGUCAUGGGUAAACGUAUUAAAAGAUAAUAUGCAACUUAUU